CGAGAGCUGGGUCUGCGAAAAUUCGAGCUGGCUGAUAAUGAGUGGGAAAUCACAAGGCAACUGUGUGACAUAUUGAAGGUUCUCAAGGACGCUACCCUCUUCUUCUCUCGCUCAACCCCCAAUCUUGCGACUGUUAUACCUGCAAUGGACUUAAUUGAUGAGCGGAUGACAAUGUAUUCUCACGAUACGAAGUUUUUACCAUCCAUUCGUUCUGCCAUUGGACUUGCCAAGAAAACCCUUGACAGAUACUAUCAGAUGAUGGAUAUGUCAGAGGUGUAUAGGAUUGCCAUGGUCUUACACCCAUGCCAUAAACUAUCCUACUUCAAGUCCGCAGGCUGGGAGGAUGGAUGGAUCAAGAUUGCG